AUGAGAAUGCUCUACAAUGCCUUAAUUCGCACCCACCACAUCACCUCGCGCAAGAAGGUUGCCGCCCUCAAACGCGCGGCCGACGCCCACCAAUGCUACGUGCUCCUGCGCUCCGGCGGCUGUCCGGGCAUUAUGUACGUUGAGGGCCAGGACAAGGGGCAUGUCGAGGCGUGGGUGGGGGUCGUGCGUAAGCUGCAGUACAAGGAUUUUCAGCUGGUCACGCGGCCGGGUGCGGUGGCGCCGGAGCGCGGUGAUGUGGUGAGGGAGAAAACGGAGGGGAAAGAGUGGGAUUUGGAUGCGGAUUUGGAUCUGGAUCUGGAUCUGGAUCGCGGGUUGGUGGAGGUGGACAGUGUGAAGGAGUUUGGCGGUUGUAUGGCGAGGCGGGGGGUGUGGAAUUGGUGGAGGCGCGGGAUGGGGUAUACGUGA